AGUAAGAUUUCAAACUUCAAUCGGUGAAGUAAUAGCUUUAAACAGUGACUUUAAAAUAUCUCUCAAAAUAAUGAAAUAUUUAAUUAUAUUUGCACUUCUAAUUGUCGCUGCUUAUGCUCGUCCACAAUUUAUACAAUUUCCAGGAAUAAGCUUGUCCUCGUCAAACGCAAAUUCUCUUUCAAAUGGCUUUGGAAUUCCUGGACUUUUUGGAGGUGGUGGUGGAGGUAGUUCCUCAGGAUCAAAUGCAAACGCAUUCUCAUUAAAUUUGGGCGGAGGAGGCAUAGGCAUACCAUUUUUUGGUUAAAAAUGCUGUUCAUUCCUUUCUGUUAAUUUUAUACUCAAUACAUUAAAUUUCUGUUCAUCAUUGGUCAAU